UGUAGCGCUCGUUUGCCUGGGCGUCUUUUCGCCCAUUUUGUACGUUCUUAUACAUUUGGUUUCCAAGCUGGUGUUUCAUAAGGCCGUGUUGUGGGGUGCAGUCAUCAGAGUGCGGAGCCAGCCCUGUCAGCAUGUACGGUCUGUACCUGGACGCCAUCCACAAAUACCUGAAGGCAACGUAUGGAGAUGAUGUCUGGAAGCUUGUGCGGCACCGUGCUGGUAUCAAGGUGUGGAGCUUCCACCGCGGGCAGACCUACUCGGACCAGUACAUCUUACGGAUAGCGCGAGUCGCCAGCGACCUGAUCGGCAAGCCACAGGAGACGUUACUGAAUGAGUUUGGAGCCAACUUGGUGUCGGUAUAUGUUGACAACGGGAUGGAGAAGACCCUGAGGACCCUGGCCCGCCACGUCAGGGGUUUCAUCGACGAACUGGACAACCUUCACGAGCAGGCUCGAUACACUUUCCCGAAGAUCAAACCUCCGAGCUUCGUCUGUAAGGAGGAGAGUAGCGAAGGGCUGACGAUCCGGUACUACAGCCGACGGCGUGGACUUCUGCCACUGGUGCAGGGCAUUCUGGGAUCCAUUAUCAAAUGUUCCUUCGAAGUCGAGGUCGAGUUCCAGACCCUCACGUCCACGGAGAACAGCGCCACCUACUUCCGCAUGCAGUUCGACAACCACUGGUACACCUCGCUGGUCCAGAGACACCGCAGCCUCGCGGCGCCGGACUUCGGGCCCAUCCCGGCACGCAGCUUCCUCAGCCUCUUCCCGUUCUUCAUUCUCUUCCGGUCCGACAUGGAGAUAUACAUGGUCGGGGACGGAAUCGACCGCAUGUUACCUGACAUCCUGUCAGAGAUGCUGAACGACACGUUCAGUAUGGUCAGACCUCAGAUGGAGUUCACCUGGAAAAACAUAAUCCGGCACCCAUCGUGCAUCUUUGAGCUGGUGUCCGAUCACCCGGUCAGACAGGACGCAGACGGCCACUCGGAAACGGCGUCUCGUGACAUCGCCAGGAAAAACUCCUGCGAAAGCAAAGAUGGCGACGAGGGACAGUUCCAAAGACCAACGAACACACCUUCGGAAAGUGGGCAAGAGGUGACGGAUAACAAUGUACAAGACGAAGCCCUGGAGAGCACGAUCCCGGCAGAUCCCAGCGCGGUUGUGAAGGAGGCCAUGAAGGAGCUGAACCUGGAGGCAGCAGAAGUGCCCAACGACCCUCAGCUGAUGGCCUACCAGCUCGUCAAGGAUGACCCUAAAGACUUGAACAAAAAGGAGAUGAAAGACAUCGCGGCAUCUGACGUCAAGCCGAUCCCGGUUGAUGCGAAGGAAGGUGUUCUGGGACUGCAGAUGAGUCAGAUUGCUGCUGCAGACCAACAGCCGUUAGACGCACAGGCCAUCAUGCAGGCUAUAGAGGAGGGGGAAGCGGCGGAGGACCCGGUGACGAUCUCUCACAGGUUCCUCAGUCUCCGCGGGCAGAUGAAACACAUCCCUGACUGGAACUCAGUCAUCUUCCUCUGUACGCCUGUAAUGACCGACAUGGAGGACAUGAGGGGCAAUGGUCUCUUCCUGAACGACUACAGCAUGCAUGACCUCAGUAGGGACAUGGUCGUCAAUGGGAUGAACAAAAAUGUGGAGGAAAAACUGGCCUUGACUAAGGAGGUGAAAACGACAGAUCAACUCGAGGAGAAUCUGAAGAAACUGGAGAAGGCGAAACAGAAGACGGACCAGCUGCUGUAUGGGAUGAUCCCCAAGCAGGUGGCAGAGUGUCUGAAACAGGGCAAGCCGGCACUCAACACCUGCGAGACGUUUGAGAGCGUGACCGUUCUCUUCUGCGAUGUGUUCGGUUUCUCCACCAUCUGCACCCACCUGACCCCCAUGCAAGUCGUCAAGCUGUUAAACGACCUGUACACUGUGUUCGACAACCUUGUGGACAAGUAUGACACCUACAAGGUAGAAACGGUUGGCGAUGACUACAUGCUUGUUUCCGGAGCGCCGGUACGCAUCAAUGACCACGCCGAGCGCAUGUGUGAGAUGUCUAUGGACAUGCUGGUAGCAGCUAAAAAUAUCAUCGACCCUGUCACUAAUGAACAGAUCGCCAUUAGGAUCGGUAUGCACACCGGCACUGUUGUGGCCGGGGUGGUGGGGAUCAAGGUCCCGCGGUACUGUCUGUUCGGGGAUACUGUGAACGUGGCGUCCAGGAUGGAGACCACAGGAAAGGGGAACUACAUUCACCUGAGUCAGACUACACGGGAAGAGAUUACGCACCUUCCUUAUAUCGUGGUGGAGAGGGGCGUGGUCACCAUUAAGGGAAAAGGUAAAAUGAAGACCUACUGGCUACUAGGUCGAUCGAACAACGAGGAGACGUUGUAUAGUUCACCAUCAGGCACAGACUACACCAUAUCCCGGACAUCUUCACUCCAGGACAAGACUUGUCCAGCUGCAGUCAAAACCACAACUUCUCUGGAGGAAGCUGAAGAUGAGGCUGAGGUAAAGGUGAAAGAGAUUCAUGGCAACACUCUGACUAAGGACUGGAAGGCAUCAGAUGCCCAAAGCACCUUCCAGGAGAUAGUGGACUCAGGCAAGCUGUCCAGCCCUACAGCCCUGGAGGAUCUCCGCUGGGGGGCAUGUAGUUCAACCACAAACACCACCGAAUACACCAGGGCGGACUGUCAACCGUCAAGCAAUAUCUGUAACCUACAGUAACUACAUGCAUGAUCACCUCCUCUGUCUAGUUAUCGUGCAAGUCAUGGUGACUGUGUAUCAAUCAUCAUGCAUGAUGUACAUAAAUACAUGAACCAUACUUUCAUACAUUGUACUGCCAAGUAUACAAUCAAGUAUUUGGGAGCCAGUCACAUACGUUCUAUGAAUGCAAACUGAAUGUGUUCUUAGAAUAGUGCAUGUCUUUUGCACAUUACAGCUGUUUUGUUAUGAACAAGGCUGUCUUAGAUUCUUCUAUCUUGGACUUGGUUCUGUCACCGCCU